AUGGAAUAUCCGAGUUCAAUCCAGACAACAAUGGCGCCAGACACGGGACACGACUCGCCAGGCCCGGGCCCACGGUCCCCGCGGAUCCAAAAACUCGACCGGUCGACCCCACUCUUCCCGCCAGGCAUCACAGUCGAGAUCCUGAGCCGAAUGCCCCUCAAGGAUGCGGCCCGCCUCCAGCUCGUCUCCAAGGAAUGGCAGUCCCUCGUCCAAACCCACUACUUCAAGGACCGCCACAUGGCCCACUCGAAGGUAAUCUACCACCAUCACAACAUCGUGCCCACCCUGGCCCACGCAUCGGCCCACUACUCCUUCUCCGUCGCGGACGGUCGAGACGGCCUCCUCCUCAUGAGAAACAAAACCAAAAACACACUCUACCUCUUGAACCCAGCCACCAAACGGGCCCUCGAGCUGCCCGGCCCGAGCCCUGGCUGCCGCGGGGCCGCCCUCGCCUUCUCCCGGGCCACGGGCAGCUACCGCAUCGUCUCGUUCCACCGCGACCCGGAAGGCUGCGAGGUACUCGACCCCGGCGGGGCCCGCGCGUGGAGGCCGCUCGAUUUCCCCGAGAUGAUGAUCAUCGGUGGUGGUGGGGCCCACCGGACGGUUGUUGUUUCGUCGGGCGAGGCCGCGCACUGCAUUUAUUUCACGGAGUACGAGAUAGACGUGGUGUCGUUGGACCUCGAGACCGAUAAAUUUUCCGUGAGCCGUUUUGUACCGAAGACGGGCCGGCCCGACGAUUACUGGGUUCUGGAGUGGGAAGGGAAGCUGGCGAUUGCGGGUGUCGUGGGGCCCAAUAUGGAGGUGAAGGAGCUGGAGGACCACAAGAAGGGGAGGUGGGGUGUGGAGGAGAGGAUCGUGCCCCUGCCGUUGGUGAAGAAGGGGAAUGAGGUGGUGCCGUUGUUGGUGAGGGAUGGGGAGAUGUGGUUUUGGGUUAAGGGCGGGGAGAUAUUCACGUGCAAUAUCGAGACUGGCGAGCGGACGGACUAUGGAAUGGUGAGCAAUUUGGCCGCCUCGACGAGACUGUACCCGUACAAGCCGAGCUUGAUCGGUUUUCAAGGGAUGAUGCUGGAGACUAUGUUCGAGAGGUUUUGGGUUUAA